AAAAAAAAGUAUUUCUUAGAAGCAAAGAAAUCCAUUUGGGAAGGAAAAGUAAAAAGAAAAUAAUUUAAAAAAAACUCUCUGUAUAUAAGGAAAAAACUUGACUCAUUUCCAGCAAGUUGAAGAGAAGUUUCAGUUGGCCAGUGAUUCUUGUUUCCUUGUUUAGAAACAACGGUUUACUUCAAUUAUCAAAAUUUAUUACUUCUGCCUUCAAUUUAGGGUUCUACUUCAAGUUCGGGUUUUUCUGGUGAAGAGGAAGAAGAAAAUGGCGUUGUUGAACAAUUGUGAAAAUUUGGGGUUAGGCAUUGUGAGAAGUACCUCGUUUGGGCGAAAACGAGUCACUUUAUCGAAUACAGUAGACGUUGAUUUCAUCUCAACAACGCCUACAAAGAGAUUCUGCAGUCGGAACUCAUUUUCUACAAAUGAGAAAUCUGGUCUUGAAUCCUUGCCUAAAGAUAUCUUGAUAAGGAUAGUGUGUGGAGUUGAUCAUGAUGAUUUGAAGAGUCUAUUUCAUGUAUCAACGGCAAUUAGAGAAGUGACUCUGAUUGCGAAAAAAAUGCAUUUUGAGUUUAGUACACCGAGAAAGACUCUUCCUUUUCGGAAUGCUUUUGAUAUGGAGGAUUCGGGCAAUUCCGAUGAGGUAGAACCACCAAAUGCUCCAAAGCUGCCGAAGAUUGCAAGGUCUCGAUUGAGUAGGAAGAAGUUGGCUGAGAUCUCUGUAGCCUUGUUUGCCUCAGAUGCCGAAGAAAAUUGGCCAUAGAGAGAGUUAUUUGUACAAUUGGAAACUGAGGUAUAGAACCAGAAACAGAUUAUGUAUAGGUAUUAUUGUGGUAGAAACUCAAAAAAGGAAAUCUGAGUCACGACGAAGGGUUUGAUCUGAUAUCUCAUUGGAAGAAAGGAUCCGGGAGAUGUACUUGAAGAUCACUUGCCCAGUUCUGGAAGGACAAGACUGGAGAAUUGUCACCGGAUUUGAGCUUCCGUCAGUAUGCUGUUUCAUCGUUAGACGGAGCUCUCUUUUUAUCAUCUCGUGCUAGAUGCAACAUUCUUUUUCCUGCUUGCGAACCACAGGAGCGCCUAGUGCACAGAGGAAGUCCAACUGAAGAGGAGCUUAGAUUGCGCGCAUACUAUAAUGGUUGAAAAGAGAUCAACGAAUGGACCAAGCACGAGAGCGACACGAACCAGGUUUACAUGUCACAACAAAUUUUUACAAGCCAUUGUUCUUCAACUCUAUCAUUGAAGAUGGGCUUGAUUGUUUGUGUUGAUAGUUAGUUUUAGGGAUUCUAUUUGAAGGGGCUGCUCUGGCGCUUCUGAUUUCAUAAAAAAUUCAGUUGUACAUAUGGAAUUAACUGCAUAUGGAAUCACACGCGUUCGUUUGGCACUAA